AUGCGAUCCUCUCUGUAUCAGACAGGCAAGUGGCUACAAAAUAGCAGCAAGAGCAAUUACGAUUGGCUUCACGGUUCUCCCUCCGAGACUAAGGAGCCUUGGGUGAACUGGAUGGAACUCUUUGACAUCUACAGCGAACAAGUUGACUAG